GUUUCCUCAUCGGCGGCGGCGGCGGCCGCUUUAUAAAAACUUCUGGGCGCGCACUCCCUCGCUCAGUCUGCGCGCCGCGCUCGCCGCCCGCCGGCCCAGCCGCGCCUGCCCCGGCCCCCCCAGCCCCUGCUCGCGGUAGCCCCGGGCCCUGCAGCCACCGCUUCGGCCGGGACAUAGAGGACGCCGCCCGCCACUAUGGGGCUCCUGCCCGAGCUCAGCGCGCGCCGGGGCAGCGACGCCUCCGCUGGCCGAGCCGGCCGCUGUCCCCGCUCUGUCUUCGGCAACAUUAAGAUGUUCGUGCUCUGCCAUGGCCUCCUGCAGCUCUGCCAGCUCCUGUACAGCGCCUACUUCAAGAGCAGCCUCACCACCAUAGAGAAGCGCUUCGGGCUCUCCAGUUCUUCCUCGGGUCUCAUCUCCAGCUUGAACGAGAUCAGCAAUGCCAUCCUCAUCAUCUUUGUCAGCUACUUCGGCAGCCGGGUGCACCGUCCACGGCUGAUCGGCAUCGGGGGUCUCCUGCUGGCUGCUGGUGCCUUCGUCCUCACCCUGCCGCACUUCCUCUCGGAGCCCUACCAAUACACCUCAGUCAGCGUCGUGAACAGCAGCCGUUUCCAGGCCGAGCUCUGCAGGAGGCAUGGGCAGGACCUGCCCCCCAGUAAGUGCCAAAGCGUCACUCAGGACCCCCGAGGGGAGACCCACAGCAUGUGGGGGCUGAUGGUGGUCGCCCAGCUGCUGGCCGGCAUUGGGACCGUGCCCAUUCAGCCAUUUGGCAUCUCCUACGUGGACGACUUCGCGGAGCCCAACAACUCACCCCUGUACAUCUCCAUCUUAUUUGCCAUUGCCGUGUUUGGGCCAGCAUUUGGGUACCUGCUGGGCUCUGUCAUGCUGCAGAUCUUUGUAGACUACGGCAGAGUGGACACAGCUGCCGUUAACCUGAGCCCGGGUGACCCCCGAUGGAUUGGAGCCUGGUGGCUGGGCCUGCUCAUUUCUUCAGGCUUCUUGGUUCUCACCUCGUUGCCCUUUUUUUUCUUCCCCAGAGCGAUGCCCCGAGUCGUAGAGAGGUCUCCUGCCACAGCGGAUGAAGCAACGAAGAUGGAGGAGGUCAAGUCCAGAGGCUCCCUGGUGGAUUUCAUUAAACGGUUCCCACGCAUCUUCCUGAGGCUGCUGAUGAACCCGCUCUUCGUGCUGGUGGUGCUGGCCCAGUGCACCUUCUCCUCCGUCAUCGCCGGCCUCUCCACGUUCCUCAACAAGUUCCUGGAGAAGCAGUACGGCACCUCAGCCGCCUAUGCCAACUUCCUCAUCGGUGCAGUGAACCUGCCCGCUGCGGCCUUGGGCAUGCUGUUCGGAGGCAUCCUCAUGAAGCGGUUCGUGUUCCCUCUGCAAACCAUCCCCCGGGUGGCUGCCACCAUCAUCACCAUCUCCAUGAUCCUCUGCGCCCCGCUCUUCUUCAUGGGGUGCUCCACCCCGGCCGUGGCUGAGGUCUACCCACCCAGCACAUCAAGUUCUAUACAUCCGCAGCCUCCUGCCUGCCGCAGGGACUGCGCGUGCCCGGAUUCCGUCUUCUACCCGGUCUGCGGAGACAACGGCGUCGAGUACCUGUCCCCUUGCCACGCCGGCUGCAGCGACAUCAACGUGAGCUCUGCAGCCUCCAAGCAACCGGUCUACUUGAACUGCAGCUGCGUGAGCGGGGCAUCGGCGUCAGCGAGAGCGGGACCCUGCCCCAUCCCCUGUGCCCACUUCCUGCUCCCCACCAUCUUCCUCAUCUCCUUUGCGGCCCUGAUCGCCUGCAUUUCCCACAAUCCCCUCUACAUGAUGGUUCUGCGUGUGGUGAACCAGGAAGAAAAGUCGUUUGCCAUCGGGGUCCAGUUCCUGCUGAUGCGCUUACUGGCCUGGCUGCCAGCUCCAGCCCUGUAUGGCCUCACCAUCGACUACUCCUGCGUCCGGUGGAGCCUGCAGUGUUCAGGGCGGCGAGGAGCCUGCAUCUACUAUGACAACGAUGCCCUCCGGGACAGGUACCUGGGCCUGCAGCUGGGCUACAAGGUGCUGGGCACGCUGCUGCUCUUCCUGGUCAGCUGGCGGGUGAAGAGGAACAGAGAGUACAACGUGCAGGAGAAGGCCGCCGGCCUCAUCUGACCACAGCCGGCCGGCCCUGAGCCUGGCCGACCUCCGCACUGCCUUAUUUACUAGUGUUAACGCACCCUUUCUUUUGUGUUCUUUAAGUUAGAGAGAAAAACCCUGGUCACCAUUUGCCUUCCCUGUCUCUGCCUCCUGGAGGACCCCACUGUGCACCCUGGCUGAGAGCUGAGAGCCACUGUGCACCCUGGCUGGGUGAGCACAGAGCUGGCAGGCCCCAUGUGCCCAGGUUCCUCUCAGUGCUGGAUACCCACUGAGGCAGCCCUAUCUGCCCCUCGACAGGCCAGCCCGGGAGCAAAAGGCUACCUCCCCUCCUUUUCUUCCUUGUCAGGGCACCCAGCUCCCUCUCCAAUGCACACACCCUGCAGAGGGGCAGGGCAGAGGAGGAAAGGAGACAGAGCUGGGGGUGGGGGAGGCCUGGUGGUAGCCCCUUUGCGUCUGGGUUCAGAAUCAGCAUGGAACCCGUAGGAGGCAGGCUCCCUCCCCCGCCAGAUCCUCACUCCCAGCCAUCUUAGAAUCUGCUAUAGUGGGAGGUUGGAGCGCACUGAUUAACCACCUGCGGAGUCCAGACCGGAACCCUGCACCUCACUGCCCUUGGAUCUGGCUGUGUGUAGCUCCGUCUUCCUGGGGCACCUGUCAAUCUGAGAAAGCCACUGCCUGGUGAAGACCAGAGCGGGGCCCGUGGACCGGUCACCACGCCCAGCCUCCCAGCCUCACGAUGUGGGUCUGGUGGCUCCUCUCAUCUCAGAGUCACGGUGAGACCCUCCCCAUGUUCCCCUGGGAGGGAUGAGGUGGCUUCAUAUGGACUUCCGCCCGUAUACUGAGGAGUGAGGCGACACGGCUGAGAUGGGCCCUAGGACGAGCGACAGAGCCAUGCGGGUGUCGGCUGUCACCCACCGAGCAGUCCAGCGGGGCUGGCUUUCCAGGUUCCAAAGCACACAGGUGUCCAGCAACAUUUUCUCAGCCUCUUCUCCCUGCCCCCAGCGAGGUGGGCACCCUGUGCGCCUGGGGCAAGAGACCCCGCUGCUGUGUGACGGCAGUCAGAGGUGGGAGCCCACGAGAGAGACCUGUUGGCGAUAAAGACUCGAGGCCAUUCUAACACGCCCUUCUCCACAUGCCUUCAGCUCUUACCUCGCCUCCUCCACCCACACGAAGGCCUCCUCCCAGAACAAGGGACAGUGGGAGGAGGGGUGAGGCUCUCAGAACCCAGAGACUGGCAAACCUCCCCGCCCGCUGCCCCACCAGCCUGGCUCUGCACCUGCCCACCCUGCUCGCGGGAGCAGCCAGAUGUUGGCUCUUGAGCGCCACGCCUCCAGGCAGACCCUUCCAGAAGUAUCGUAGAAGCCACUCUGCAAAGGCCUCCUGUGGUGCUUCGCUGUGCGGGUCGCUGGCCAAGCUGUGAGACUGGAGCAAGUCCCCGUGGAAGCCUUCGGUGCAGACCUCACUCGGGCAGCGGGGUCCGGCGUAACCUCAGGGGCCGGGAUCGGCGAUGCUUCUGCUUCACAAACAUUUGCCUGCAGCUAGCCCUGGACUUUCUCACUGCAGUUUAACCAAAUCCUGAGGGCACUGCCUUCAGCUGAGCUGAACAGUGCACGCCAGCCAUCACCUGGAAGGCUGGCUGCGCGCUCGCCCCUCAGUCUGUUCUAUUAUUAUAAUGAUGUAAUAAUUAUAAUGUUGCUAUUGACAUAA